CUUCAUCGCUUUGCUCGAAAACAGCGAGAAAUCUCACAAUUUUUCUCCACCGCGCUUCAUCUCCGUCCUAGUGCGAACCCUCGGACAAAGCAUGCGUUCAUCGCCUCCGCUUCAUAAAAGGAAUCCGCAUCAUUACACUAUCGGAAAAUGCUUCGCUUCGCGCAGAGAUGGGCUCGUUCGCUCGGCCGGGGUCCAUACCUAGAUGCACGGAAGCGAUUGUAGGACGUGGCUGAUGCGAAGCUGAGGCGUGGCUGCAGUGUGGCGGAAGUACACGGGACGGCCAGCUCCGCCAAGUCGGAAUUGGGGAACCACCACGCCCCGACUAGGAUAUCGUUCGCGUAGCUUUCCCAUCGCUCCCAUCGCUCCUUCCUGCUACACAUCACCAUCAUGGCCGGCUCCUGCUGUGGCGGACGAGCUGAGGCAGGCGCGAUUGACAAUCAGACGGUUUUUAGGAACGCAGACACCGAAAUCUCCCAGAAUCGGUGUCAUUCUGAGCAGUCUGAGUUACAGCAGAUCGAUUCUUGCUGUGCUGGAAACACCUGCGGUUGCGAUGAUUCCUGCUUGGAUCAGCUUGCAAGGGCUAUCUGUGCCAAUGAUGCUGGUCACAUUCACGAUCAUGAUGACAAGAGCGAAGCACUGAACGACUUUGUGAGCGAUUGCACUACCUGCUGCGGGUAUUCGGAGCAGAAGGACCACAAUGAUUCCCAUAUUUCGUCCGAAACUACUUCGCAACACGAUGAACACCAGCACAAGAUCGCUGAAGGAAGUCCCAUUAUCGCUCACGUCCAUACCAAGGACGAUGCUUGUGCGCAUAUAGGCCUGCGGAGGCGACAUGCCAACCGCACCGGCCCCGAAGCGACUCAGGCCGACCUCCCUACUGAGGCAUGUGGCCAGCACAAGUCGUUCGCUCGCAAGCGCUAUCAAGACACGCUCGCUGCGUUCGGGUGCAUCUGCAAGGCCAUGCUCGCCCACGGCUUGCAAUCCUGCUGCACCACCCAGCACACGCAUAAGAGCCGCUCGACUUCUCGACUCGCACGUUCAUCGCGCUCCCAGUAUGCGUCUUCUAUCGCUUCAAUCAAGAGCCGUCGUUCCGUGGACUCUUGCUGCAAGGACAGUCAUUGCGGCGAAUGCGACGAGAAAGGAUGCAAAGAUAACACGGCUCUUCAUUCUUGCUCCUCAAUCGACUCGUGCUGCAGGAGUGGACACGAUACAUCCCACGAAUGUGCGGACAGUUGCGGGGAGAAACACGCUAGUACCAUCGCAGGCAUCGAAGCGACAACGCUGGAGGAAGGACUUGGCGUCCCGAACGAGCACGCAGUGCUCGCUAUCCGCGGGAUGACAUGCACAGGCUGCGAGAACAAAGUCAUCCACGUCCUGCGCGCGAUCCCCGCAAUCUGCAAUAUCAAGACGAGCCUCGUGCUCUGCCGCGCCGAGUUCGAUUUCGAUAACAGUGCAGCGGAGCUGCAAGCCCUUGUGCAGCUGAUCGAGAAGCGUACAGGGUUUUCGGUGGAGAACGUCGGUGCGGGUUCGACACGGGCGCUGUGUCUGAGCGUGGACAAGUCGCAGUGCGGAGCCUUCGUGAAGAUGCCUCUGCCGCAUGGAGUUGAGAAGACCGUGCGGGCGGACAAGAACACUGUGAGGGUUGUCUACGACCCCCGAGCCAUCGGAGCUCGUGACAUCAUCGCGUGCUACUCUGCCUUCUCCCCGCUGCUCGCUCCGGAGCCCCGCGAUCCUGGCAUCAUCGCCGGUGUUAAGCAUAUCCGGACGCUUACCGCGCGUACCGUGAGCUCCGCCCUUCUCACCAUCCCGGUGCUCAUCAUGGCGUGGGCGCCACUUCCUGCGCAUCCGCGCGCGUACGCGGUCGCGUCACUGGUGCUGGCGACCGUCGUGCAGACGGCAAUCACAGGUCCGGUGUAUUUCGGCGCGUUCAAGAGCUUGUUUUUCUCGCGGAUCGUGGAGACGGAUCUACUGAUCGUGCUCAGCACGACGGCUGCUUACGUAUACUCCGUCGUCGCAUUCGCGUUUGAGAUGAUGGGACGUUCGCUUGCGUCCGGCGAAUUCUUCGAGACCAGCACGCUGUUGGUGACGCUUAUAAUGCUCGGCCAGCUGGUCAGCGCGUUCGCACGCCAGAGGGCUAUUGAAGCUAUCUCCAUCCGCUCUCUGCAGCAGAACAUCACGACGUUGGUCUAUGCCGAUGGAAAGGAGGAGGACGUAGAUGCGCGUAUUUUGCACUAUGGCGACCUCUUCAAGGUGCUGCCUGACUCGGCUAUCAUUACGGACGGGAUCGUGCGCUCUGGGAACAGCGAGGUCGACGAAUCGAUGAUGACAGGCGAGUCCCGUCCCGUCGAGAAGACGGCCGGUAGCAAUGUCAUUGCGGGCACGCUGAACGGAUCCGGCAUUCUGUACAUCGAGGUUGAGCGUCUGCCCGGGGAUAACACCAUCAGCGACAUAGCAGAAAUGGUGGACGACGCACGAUUCUCGCGUGCGAAGGUGCAAGCGACCGUUGACCGCAUCUGCGGCUGGUUCGUGCCCGUCGUACUCUCCAUCGCGAUCGUCACGUUCCUUGUCUGGCUCGCGGUUGGACUUGCGGUGCGCAAGCGAUCCGGGGGCGAGGCUGCCGUGACGGCGUUGACGUACGCAAUUGCUGUGCUGGCUAUUUCCUGCCCGUGUGCGAUAGGUCUGGCUGUGCCGAUGGUUAUAUUGAUUGCUGGCGGAGUGGCCGCUAAGCAGGGCCUUGUGUUCAAGGCUGCAACGACUAUCGAAUCUGCGCGGAAGAUCACACAUGUUGUGUUUGACAAGACGGGAACCUUGACUCAAGGAAGUCUCUCGUUCAUGACCAGUGAGAUCUGCGAUGUCCCCGGCAUGGACGUGGGUUCUGCUGUGGUUGAGUUGGCCAAGUCCAGCAGGCACCCUGUUGCACGUGCCGUAGUUGAGCAUCUUGUGGCCUCUGGGGUGCUUGGAGCCGUUCAAAUGAACGAUGUCGAGAUAGUUACAGGCCAAGGUAUUCAGGGCAAGUUGUCUGGUGCGAUGCUGCGCGGAGGCAGCGCUCGCUGGCUGGAGGUCGAGCAGCAUUCGCUUGUGCUUCCUCUACUUCUCAAGGGCCUGACGACGUUUUGCGUGACUUACGACGGCCAACUGAUUGCCGCAUUUGGCCUUGAAGAUGCCCUUCGUCCCGAGGCCCGUCUGGUGAUGGACAAGCUCAGGCUUCGUAAUAUCAAUGUGUCUAUCCUCAGUGGCGAUCACCUAUCUGCAGUGGAGAAGGUCGCAUCGGCGUUGGAAGUGCCUGCAGAACGGGUGAAGGCUGGGUGCAUGCCCGCAGACAAGCAAGCCUACAUCAAGGAGCUCACGCGCAAGGGAGAGAAGGUGCUUUUCUGUGGCGACGGGACGAACGACGCAGUCGCCCUUGCACAGGCUGACAUCGGCGUGCACUUGCACACCGAAGGAGGCUCUGGCUUCGCGGCAUCCAGCGCGGCAGACGUGGUGCUCCUUCACCCGUCGCUUGACGGUAUACUUGCUUUGUUCCAGCUUUCAGAGGCGGUGAAUCGGAGGAUCAUGCUGAACUUCGCGUGGUCGGCCGUGUAUAACCUGGUCGCCAUCCUGUUUGCUGCGGGUGCUUUCGUCAACGCGCGCAUCGCACCUGCGUAUGCCGGUCUUGGCGAGGUUGUCAGCGUGUUGCCCGUGGUGCUAGUCGCUGUGCAGUUGAAGUGGUUCAAGCCGGCUGAGUGCUGAGAGAUGAGUCGGUGAAGACGGUCACGUACGACUCUCAAUUCUUUCCUGGUCAGCGAUAGACAGUCUUCUGUGAGGUGAAAUAGAAAUAAUUAACAUGUAUUGAAUUUCUGUGUUUGUUAUGUAUGAUAUGACGAGCAAGGGAGAAUCAUAUCCGUUUGUUUUGCUGC